CCUGGUCUCUAUUCUAAAUUCUAGUAACAAACAGUUGACCGGGAUAGUGUGAGUGUCUAAAUCUAGUGUGAUGGAAGUGCUGACUUGAGAUUUGAGCUUUAAUUUACUGCCGACACACUGAAGUCUAAACAGCAAAAUGAGGAACCUGUUCUAUGUUUCUGCCAUUGUCUUCAUUAUAUCAAGUGUUAAGCCGAGCAGUGUUGAUCCAGAUUAUAUGAGCAAGAGGGAUGAUUUAAUUCAUGAUGAGGAUUCCUUAAAAAUUGGUGGACUUUUAGUACUUAGUGAUGCAGAAAAGGUGAUCAAUGACACUAUAAUGAAGGAGAAAAUAAAGAUGAUUAAUGACAGUCUUACAAAUAGAGCUAGUUACAUACCAUCUUUAAGUUUCUUCAAAGUGAAGCCAUUAAUUGCAAAUACUACUAUAUUUAAAUGGAUACAGAAAAUGCCAAAAGGUGGAGCCCUGCAUGUUCAUGAUCUUGCUGGGGCAAGCUUGGACUGGCUGAUAAAAAAUGCCACGUACAGGGACAAUAUCUACAUGUGCUUUGACAAAAAUCAGUAUUUGUUAUUUCAUGCUUUUCAAAACCCUCCAGUAAAUCCAGAUUGUAAAUGGAUAUUAGUAAAGGAUGCUAGGGGCUCACAAGAUCCUGAUGCCUUUGAUGCUAUGUUAAAAAGCAAUCUAAGUAUGAUGGUAACAGAUCCAGUUGAAACUUAUGCUGACAAUGAUAAAGCUUGGCAAAGAUUUCAAGAGUAUUUUAUUCAGGUGUACAGUCUGAUCUACUAUGCUCCAGUAUUUAGGGAUUACUACUGGAGAAUAUUGGAUGAAUUCAGGGCAGAUAAUGUUCAAUAUUUAGAACUUAGAGGCCAGCUAUGGGGUCUCUAUGAUUUAAAUGGCACACAGUAUGAUGAAGAAUAUGGAUUACAAAUGAUUAUGGAUGUGACAGAGCAAUUUAUGAAACAAUAUCCGAAUUUUAUUGGUGUCAAAGUUAUCAUGUGCGGUAAUAGGAAUAGUAAUGAAAGUUUCAUUCUAGAAAAGAUCAAGACUGCCAUCCAGCUACAUCAAAAGUAUCCAGACUUUAUGGCAGGGUUUGACCUGGUGUCUGAUGAGCAGUGGUACAAGCCUCUGAUCUACUAUGUUGAUGCACUUCUUUAUCCAUCUAAACAGAACCCUCCAUACCAUCUGCCUUACUUCUUUCAUGCUGGGGAAACUGACUGGCUGUCAACAGAAGUUGAUCAAAACCUGUAUGAUGCAUUAUUGCUGAACACCACACGAAUUGGGCAUGGGUAUGCUCUCUCUAAACAUCCUAAACUGGUUAAAAUGGUUAAAGCUAAGCAUAUUGGUGUCGAGGUGAAUCCUAUUUCUAAUCAGAUUCUACGACUUGUAACAGAUUUACGUAACCACCCCAUGUCAGGCCUCAUGAGAGACAACUUCCCUCUUGUCGUAAGCUCUGAUGACCCUUCAGUGUGGGAGGCCACGCCCCUGUCACAUGACUUCUACAUGGCUUUCAUGGCCAUGUCUGGUGAAGAUGGAGACCUGACAUUCCUUAAACAACUGGCCAAUAACUCCAUUACGUAUAGUGCAAUGACAAAAGGUGAGAAAAGAAUAGCUUUUAAAAAGUGGCAAGCAAGUUGGGAUGAAUUCAUCAAGGAAACAGUAAAAAGCUUGUGGUGAUUUAUUUUAAAGCACUUACUAACCAUCUGAAUAUUUCCCAUAUUUAGUUCAUGCAUACAAUACUAUGAACUUGUCAUUUGUUGUGUUAAAUGUAAGAGAAUAUAGUUAAUUAUAUUCCAAUAUUUUUUAUAGUUUGUUUGUGACACCAUUUUUCAGGUAGACAGUUUAUGUGUAUGAUAAAAAUUUGAUUCAAUAAGCACAAAGUAUGAAGUCCAGAGUUUUAAAAAAAUGUGUUAUGGCAAUCAAAGAAGGCAGUAAAAAUUAGUUAUUUUCCCUGUUCUUCUGAAAUGUUUGUUGUAGAAAGUACUUAACUUUGAUUGUUAUUGUUAAGGUUUUCUUUUGUUCCUUUUGGAAAUCUUUGCUAUUAUGCACUACAAAUACUGAAUUGUUUUAAAAAGAUUCUACAAGACAGUAUUUAUCCAGCUAAAUAAUAUGGAUGAACAUUUAUAAAUGAAAUUUAUCUGUUUUAUUACUUUCAAUGUAUUAUCUAAAAGUUCAAUUUCAAUGACUAAAUACUUUUAUUGGUAGGUUGUAUCUUGUAUUUAUUUGAGUAUUAUAAUUUAAAGUGCCAUCAGUUACCCAUUUUUUUAAUUUUAAUAUAUUUUAACCACUAUUUAAAUUUAACUAUUUCUUUAUUUGAUGUGAUUUUCCUUACAAAGUAUUUUUCUUCUGUUUUAUUUUUUUUCAUAAGAACACUUUUUGUUUACAACAUUGUAAAUAUUUUUAAAUGAACAGAUUUAUCAGGCAUAAAGGUCAGGUACUUGAGUUUUAUAUAACAAUAGGAAAUUUGACCUGGCUUUAAACUAAAGACUAAUUAUUAUUGAACCAAUGCUCUACAACUUGAAAAAAAUCUGUUACCUCCCUUGAAUACUUAUUCUGGUUUGUUUUUAAAACUUUUUAUUUUACCCUGAGUUGAUAUUUUUUCCCCACACCUUGUUCACAAGCUGUUUUAGAAUCAUGUUAACAAUGAUACUGCAGUCAGUGAAUUAGAGGUAGUUGGACAGAGCUAUCUUACUUGUAAACAUGUAUAUGUAGAGGAAAGGGGUCAGUGAAAUUUCUAAACAGUUUUAGCACAAAACUUGUGAUGCAUUAUUUUAAUUUUAAUUUUUUAUUAAUAUCUAUCUUUGAUACAUAUAACCUUAUUUUGUGGUAUAACUUGUUGAAUGCAGCAAGCUAAAUAAGUUAUAUUUUUAUAUGCAUACUGAUGACAUAAUAGUACAUUUAAUCCAGUUUCAUGUGAUUUCUUCUGACUUUUCUGAAUUCUCAAUAUAGGCUUACAUUUCUUAUAGUAAACAUUUUUUUUAACCUUCUUAGGAAAUUUUAGUUAUGUAGCCCGUGGUUUAGAUUUUGAUGCCCUCUGUGUACUUACAGUUAGAACCAAAACUGCAACCUACAGCAGGUACACUGUAUCCCCUCCCAGGCUACACCUCUGCCUGUAGCUCGUACUGCCCCAAUGCACAGAUAUCAUGUGGGGCCUUUAUGCAGGUUUCCCAGCUACUGUAUAUCUGUUGUUUGUUCAGGCAUUCUUAUCUUGGUUGCCACAGUGUAAAUGUUGGGUUGAUAGGUCAUUGAAUCUUGGCUAUUUAUUCAGCUUUGAUUUUAAAAAUAUACCAUGAUUUUCAAAUUAAAAAAAAUAUAGAUGACUUCUUAUUAUUUUGCUAGAGCUAUUUCUAGUCAAUCUUUGUGUUAAAACUAAAUUACUUAAUUAUAACACGUUCUAAUUAAAAUAAUCCAGACAUUGUGUUUUAACAUUCUUGUAUAGUCAGCAUUUGUACAGGACAAUUUAUGACCAGAAGAGUUGCUUUUCAUUGCCUUGUAAUGUGCCUAUCUACCCCUAAUGGUCUAUCUAUAAAAAUGUGCUGACAUAUCCCAGUUGGCCUACAGUAGGCCAUAAUGUAGCUUUGUAUGCUAAAAAUUGUAUAUACAUUACCACAAUUAUCUAUAUAUUUUGUGUUUUAAUUUGACAUACAUUUUAAUGAAAUAAAACUAAGAAAAAAUAAAUAUUGUGCAUGUCAAUAUAUUUUUAAGUUUCAAUAUGCUUCCAUUAUUUUUCUUUUAGUCUUUUUAAAUUGUGACAUUUUAAAUAAACAAGUUCUCGAA